AUGGCUAAGACAGUUGCUAGAAAGGCUCCGGACACAGUAAAGCACAUCUUCCGGCAAGACAGCAAGGAGUUCAAGUUUCUCUUAAAGCUUUUUAAAACUGGCAAGAUUGGAGAUUUACAACCAGCUGCUGUUCGGGCCAUGUUUCCAGAUCAAUUUGGGAAGUUUACGUCCAAUCAAUUCCGGCCGCAAUUUAAUAAGGCCAAAGCUCUAUGUGGUCAAUCCGUUGCUCCAGCUCCAGCGGAAGACAAUGAUAAUGAUGAGUUCAACUCUCUUGUGGAAAAUGUCAUGCCUCCAGCUUGUCAUGUGUCACCAGUGCCAUCUUCCAAUGUGGCUAACGUAGCUUCUUUCAGUGGAAGCAAUGACAAUGACAGUGCACUGGAGGAUUCUCCUCAAUUUGAUCAUACUGUUUGGGUAUUCAAAAAACUUGUCAAACAGUGGGAGAAUGAACAUGGCAUUCGCAUGGCUACCAUCAUUUUCUGGUUGAGCAUUGGUACUACUCCCAAGGAUGUGGAGACUGCUAUUAAUACCAGUGGGCAGAAGCUAUCUAUCCGUGAGAAGUGGUAUUGUGAUUUGCUUGAUGUGGCUGAAUUCUAUGAGCUAUACCAACAAUACACACAGGAACCCAUUGGGGAUACCAAUGUCCGCAGCCAUGCCAUGAAACAGCAU